CACAACAAACAAUAGUGGUCCAGCGAUUAUCAAACAACUCCAGCAAUUGCGAGUGGUUUAUGCAAAGAUAUUAUAUACGUGUAUUCAACUAUAGAGAUAUUUGUUGUCUAUUCUGUCGUUUGGGAAGUUACGGUUGUUUUCAAAGCCUGUGGUUAUUUAGUUAGGUUAGCCUUCUGAAAAGUCCUCAGCUAACUGUCACAAAGCCACGCAGCUGGAGUUCUACCAGAGAGGGUUACAGCGGAUCUUUGGUGCCACUGACACGUUUGUCACCCACGAACUAUACCGAUACCGUCAGGCUACGAAAUAAACUCCGCAUGGAGAAGAUGGAUGCGCUUGGCCAACAUACAGACAUGAAUCACAAACAAGCCUGCAUCGACUUGGAAAAGGCCACCCAGUACAUCACACAAGCAUUACAGCAUGAGGUAGGUCGGAACCAGGAGCUCUGCAUGUUGAUUCGUCGUCUGGAGGAGAAGGAGGCGGAGACUGGGCGGAGCCUAACAGACCAGGUGGAGUCAAACAAGCAGCUGAAGCUGAAGAUCGAUGAGUUGUUUAAACACCUUGGGGAGAAGGACCACUCACUGACACAGGCCAACCGGACUGUUGCUUUCCUGAAGAAUGAAAUAAGAGAGCUGCAAAGACAACUAAGUAGCAGGACGGGUCAGGACGUGGAUGAGUUGCCACAGGGUGGAGAGAGCCAGAUCAAGCCAAUCAGUGGUCCCAGCUCUCCUCUCCAAUCAGAUCAGCUGAUGGCAGCUGAGGAGCCGCUGGUCUGGUCACAACAGCUGGAGUCGCCUGACGUUCACAUUCCACUGGUCUCUCCUAGCAACCAGAACCUGCUGGAGAUUUCAGUCUCUGGGAUUAAAGUGGAAAAUGCAGCUCACGGAUAUGAGGACUGCAGUCAGUCUGUUGAAAGGAUCGUUCAGGAGCAGCUUGGCGAACUUCACCUGAAGGUGGACCAUUUAACAGCUGUUGUACACUCACUCAGUGAAAACGGAACUGAGGACCAACAGUCGCAGAGAAGUGAUAACGACCAAAGGCUCCCCAUCUUGACGUUAGAAGAGCUCAAUCACUUUGAUGAAAGAGUUCAUCGUGACAGCGAGUUUAAGAAACGCUUGAUCGCAAGGUUGUCUAUAGCCGGAGGAGACUGUGUUAGAAAAACCGUGUCGCGCGUGUGCCGGAAGGUGAUCGGACCUCAUCUGGCCACCCAGUUAAACUGGUGCGGGAGAGGACAGAAGACAGGCAUCAAAUCACGGCCGAUUCACGAGAUUCUACUGAUGUCCGUGCUGAGGAACAAAGUGCUGUCCACUGCCACGGAGGCAGAGGUGGAAGCCGCCAUUCAGGGCUGGCUGCGCCUGAGCCUAGACCGGCUCGGAGGGCGGAGACAGAGACCGAGACUAGCGCCACCACAGACGUAAAGGAGGAGAGAGGCUGUCGGGAGGAGAAUCUCUGUUGUCUUGGCCCUCAGAUGUAGACCUGUUGUUGAGAGAAAGAGUGUUUAUUAGUUCCUGUGUGUAUUUUUUUUUACGCAUGUGUAUAUAUACGUUUAUAGGUAAUAUGAUGUACGUGUAAUAUGUCGUGUACGUGCUCUAUUGUUCAUCUCAUUUUGCAGAUACUGUGUCUUGAGUUCUGACAUUAAAGUUUCUUCGCUUGA